AUGUCCGUUUCACUUCAGCACCGGGCUUCGGAUAGCUCCGACGGUAUCGACAGGAUAGCCGAAGAGAAGCAAAAGCUCACCGUUAAUGCGACACCAUCGACAAGAAAGCAAGAUGCCCUAGGACUUGACGACGCCGACCGGCAAUCUACCACAAACCGCUUCAAGACCUUCCGCUCAGCCUUCAAGUACAUCCACCACCUCACACCAAAGCAGGUAGAUGACUAUAUGCACUCGUAUGUCAUUUACAAUCUUGACUGGGCCGACGAAGAUGCCAUGGUCAAGGAACUUGGCCCCGACUACCAGGCCAAGGUCGGCGAGUGCUUGAAAGCCUACUACGGAAUCAUCAACCAUCUCUGCGCCAUGGGCGAUGUCGAGAAGAUGUAUAUCCCUCCCCACAUGGACAAGAGGGCGAAUGUCAUUGAGAACCAGCUGCUUUACGAGAAGGCCGUCGCGAGGGCCAUCGGCAUGAAGGCCGGCGACAAGGUUCUCGACCUAGGAUGUGGCCGAGGACGCGUGGCCGCUCAUAUGGCCAGCAUGACCGGCGCUACAGUUACCGGUCUCAACAUCGACCCCAACCAAGUCGCCCAGGCACAAGAGUUCAACAACCAAAAGGGAUUCAAGAACAACUUUGUACAACAAGACAUGAACACGCUACCACUCCCCUUUGCCGACAACUCCUUCGACUGCUUUUACCAAAUCCAAGCGCUGUCCUUGUGCAAGGACCUCCCAGCCCUCUUCCGCGAAGUCUAUCGCGUGCUCAAGCCGGGCGCCAAGGUCUCUCUUCUCGACUGGGUCAGCUUGCCAGGCUACGACCCCAGCAACCCCGAACACCUUGCGCUCAUGAGGCGCGUGAAGCCUCUCAUCGGCGCCGUCGGCACACCAACACCCAAGAGCUUCGAGAAGGCGCUUGAGGAUGCUGGUUUCGUCGUCACGAAAUCCGAGAACGCCAGCAUCGACGGCCUGCAGGCACCACUCAUUGACCGGGUCGACAUUUACUUCCGCACCAUGCGCCAGAUCAUUCUGGGCCUUGUGAAGAUCAAGGUCCUGCCCCAGCACUUCAAGACGUUGAUCAACAGGUUAUGUCUGGAUGGCCAGGCGUUUGUUAAGAUGGACAGGAUGCGUCUCAUUACAACAAGUUACUGGAUUGUGGCGGAGAAGCCCCAGUGA